CGUGUCACAUGACAUGGGUUGGAAAAUGGCGUCUCCCACAGACGGGACAGAUCUGGAAGCAUCUUUGCUAAGUUUUGAAAAACUUGACCGUGCCUCACCAGACCUUUGGCCAGAACAAUUACCAGGUGUCGCUGAAUUCGCAGCUUCCUUUAAAAGUCCUAUUACUAGUUCUCCACCCAAAUGGAUGGCUGAAAUAGAACGUGAUGACAUUGACAUGUUGAAAGAACUGGGGAGCCUGACCACAGCUAAUUUGAUGGAGAAGGUACGAGGCCUACAGAACUUGGCCUAUCAGCUGGGGCUGGAUGAGUAUUAUUCAUCUACUCUAGGGGUUGACAUUUACUUGACACCCUAAUCUGGUGUUUCAAUGUCUCAAUCCUCUUUCCUGCAUUAAUUGAGAGGAUGACAUGGAUGAAAAAUAAGCAAUAGGAACUGAUGAAUCCCCAAGGACCAGUGAUCCUGUUUUCAUGCAAAUAUCUGCACUGAUAAAGAUGAUGGAAAGAAGAGAAAUGCAAAAAAUAUUUGUCCUCAAAACAUGAUUGUUUGUCACUUCCCUAGAGCAUUGUUAUAUGUUAGUAUAGAAAUAAUGUGUACCUUCUAGGGCUGAUAGUAACUAGAUUGUGUCUUUUGGAAGAUGAAUCAUGCCCUUUGAUUUGGUACGUGAUUAUGUGUCAGAUAACCCUUUUGGGAUUUUGAAGUGCAGUAAUUUUUUGUAUAGGCAUUUAAAGCUUGUCAUGAUUGGGGACCCUUGGCUUGAUUUGAGCACUUAAUUAAUAUGAAAUUCUCAUGAAAUACAUAGAAAUAUGAAAAAUUGUAAACUGCC